AUGGAGGGAAGAGAGACCCAAACCAAAAGCGAAGGAGGCGAAGCUCUGAGAUCGCAUGCUGCAAUUCGCUGUGCAAAAGCCGCUCUUCUUCUUUCUUCUCUCAAAUCGCCGCCCAAUCGCAGCCUCAACACCGCAAUCGACAACGACGACAUUUUGGAGAAGGAGAUUCUGAGGAGAGAGAUCGGAGAUCUGAAAAUGGAGGUUGUGAGGGAGCGACUCCAGAACAAGAGGAUCAAGCUCUGCGGCUUGUUGGAGCUUCUUCUUCAGCUGGUGUUGCUCUUGGCCCUUUCCACUUUUUUUUUCAUGCUCGCGUUCGAAAAUGGAGCUUCGUAG